AUGGCUCCGGUUUUACACAAAUGCACUUUUUGUUUCAACCGCUAUAAAUUAAGACCGGACGGGAAAUUACACCGGCACGGAGGGAAAGAGAAGGGUCAAGAAUGCCCUGGGUCUAUGAAAGCGGUCGACCAACCAUCGGCCGGGUCUACAAGACCUUCGGGUUUGGCUCCCCGCGCUGCACCUGUCAACGAGGGUCGCAAAGCCGCACGUACAUCAGCUUCGGUCACGGAGGCUCCCAUGGGAACUGACCUUAACGCUUUUUUUGACAGACUGACGGCCGCCUUGAGAAAAACCCCGGUUAUUGAUCAUGUGCCGAAACCAUGUAGGGAAAAAGUAAUAAAAGAAUUGAUGUCCCUCAUGGCGGCAAUUUGUAAUGAACCUUGCGACCCAACUCACUGGUACAGGCUCCAUUGUUUUUUCCCAUAUAUCCUCAAAAAGCCUGCCAGAGGGGGUCGAAGAUUCAACCAGGGUAAUCAUGUUAACAAACGAUUGGCAGAUUACUCUACAUUGGAGGUUGAGUCUAUUGCGGCUGGCUUUGAAAUCGACAAUACAAUAAAGCCACGAAAAAACAAUCCAAACAGUUGGAUUCAAACCGCAAUCGCCCGCAUAGAACAGGGCAAUCUUUCGGCGGCUGUCAGGCUUGUUUGCUCUCCCGAGGGUCUGGCGGGGGACUCGCCUGAGACAUUGGUUAGACUCAACGCCAUCCACCCCAGGUCACCAUCGGACAGGCGAGUCUUUCCUGCACCGGAAACCGUAAAUGGUUGCGUUUCACCCACCCAGGUGUUGUCAGCCCUGAAGUCAUUUAGGAAUGGUUCGUCUGGAGGCCUUGACUGCCUAAGGCUCCAGCACAUUAAAGAUUUAAUUUCAGGCCCACUGCCCAUUGACGAGUUUGUAAGCUCCCUAACACAGUUUAUAAAUAUAAUUUUAUCUGGCGCGUGCCCAUCCGCCGCCAGCCGUUUCUUUUUCGGGGAGCUGAAAUUCGCCCUCGACCGAGUGUCUCAUCUUCCGGUCCACGACGCGCUGACCAUCGUCCGCAACGCCCUUAGUUUGCCUAGAUUGAUGUAUUUCCUUCGUACAUCCUUCUCGGUUGAUGUAUCCAUUUUGGGCGGAUUCGAUGGCGCCCUGAGGUCAGCUUUGUCAGCCCUAUGCAAUGCUUCAAUACCCGUUCUUAAAGAGCCCUCGGGAUUUCCGCGUUGGAUGGAAACGUCCGGAUGGCUGCACGUUGAUUCCUUGGAGAGCCGUAGAUGCCUGGCGUGGGACGUAACCGUUCCGGGCACAUUAGCGGAACGGUACGUGCACUUAACCAGCAAAGAAAGUGGUUUGGCCGCAACCAGGGCAUCGGAUGAAAAGUUUAAAAAAUAUGAAGGUGCCCUGCCCUCGAUGGAUUUUUUACCUGUUUGCAUCGAGGUUCUUGGCCCGAUGGACAACAACACUUCAAUAUUUUUUAAAAAGAUUUGCAAAAUGAUAAGUGGCAGGUCUGGCGACAGCAGAGAGCUAUUUUUCGCCAUGAAUCAUAUAUCUUGUUUGCUGCAAAGGUUUUUGCGCGUCUGUGUUACCGAAAAUGUUCAAUUAAACGCCGACGUGAGCGAAUAA